ACCAGUGAACACGGUCUUCCUGAGAGCCGGGUGAAGGACAUAAAGAUCACACGCACGCCUGGCCGUCAUGACGACCGAUCCAUCUAUAGCGGGGCGCAGAGACCUUGGACAUCGUGGGCAGUGACAAUGUCGCGUCCGGACGGCCGCCCUAAGAAUGUGCACGCCCUUCAGUGUCCGAAGAAUAUCCUGUACGCCUUCGUCAUCAGCCGUCACGCUCAACGAACGCCGGUCACCGAUUGCACGGCACUGCUUAAGUCCAACCCCGAACAACGCGGCCAGCUAACGUCCAAGGGCCACGAACAGGCCUUCCGCUUGGGACAGUUCCUGCGAGCCCGCUACGCAACCCUUCUGUCGGCAGACAAGCCGGGCCAAGUGCUCGCUACCCAUAACUACCUGGACCGCUGCCGUGACAGCGUCGAAGAGAUAAUCCGGGGGCUAGGUGUGCAAGCCACGCCAGUCUUGGACUCGACCAGUUACUACGUACACUUCGAGGAAAGCCUUCGUGACAACUUCGACGCCGUUGUACGGCAUCCGGCUAAAGGCGGCUUCGAGACCUUGGGCGACAUGCUCGAGUUCGUUGCGAACAAGGCUGGCGCGCAAACUGAGGACAGAUCCAAGCGUUUCUUAGCUAUGGACAGCUUGAUCACCAACACGCUCAACGGGAACCCGAUGCCAAGCUGGGCUGUGCCACACUGGGACGACUUCCUGUGGGCGGAGCGCAAGAUGUUUGGUAUGGUGCUUUCGGGCCACGAGCUUAGCAUGGCUAGAACGGUGCUCACGCGCAUCCUGGACACCUUCUCGCUCAAGUUUGAGGCCGGCAUCGACCGACCCGACAAGCUACACGUCUUCUCACUCUCGGACACCAGCUUGUUUUCGGUGUUGAAGCUGUUCAACCAGUCGUAUGACGACCGGCCCUGCUUUUGUGCCAGCGUGUUCUUCGAGGUGUUCUGCGAAGGUGGAGGGAAACCCGUGGUGCAGGUUCUCUUCGCGACCGAGGAGAACCCGCACUUGGUUCUGUUGGACAAACUCGAGAAUCCGGCGCCCCUGCCAGAGUUCAUGAGCUUCGUCCGCUCGGUUCUGGUGUCCAACCCGAUAUGACCUUGCACAAAGACGGACCGUGGAACCUUCUCGUUCGGGUUCAGGUGUUCUCAUACCUUGUACUGGACACUGUAGGCUACACCGAAGGGUACACCGGCGCUACCAGGCCUAAAAAAAAAAACAAUAAAUGCUGCGUCCCUUACUG